GUGAAGUAGAAGAAGUCCGCGCCCCGCCUUUUGACUCACUUCGUUAAAGAUGUAUUUUUUACUGGCUUGUUUAUGACACGGUUCAUUGUCUGCGUUAGCUAAACACCUGAUCAAGUGUUUGCUCUUGUAUAAAUGCGUGUUUUGGUGUUUCUUUUUCCGGACGGCACUUUGCGGUGGACGAUGCAAAUUUGAAACAGCUAGCUCGCUGUAGGUGUCGGUCUGUCGUACGUCUAGAUGUUGUUAGCCCAGCGCUCGGCUAGCAAACUGUAACGUUAUGGCGUAACGUGUGGCAACAAAGUGAUCGUUUGACGACACCUGGGGUUGUCCACUAAAAUUAUUGCAUUAAUAUUGAAAGGGUAGUGUAUAGAAAAAAACGCAUGUGGUUAAAAUUGAAAUCCUUGACAAGUUAGGCGUUUAGACAGAUGCCUACUGUAGCUAGCAAUCUACACUGAAGUUAGCAUGGCGUCAGAUACAAGUGACACUGAUGAAUUCUAUGAUGCUACCGAGGACGUUAAUUUUUCUCCAUCUCCAAAAGUAUCACCUGCAAAGUUUGUCAUUCCCUCACCCAAGAAAUCAGUAAACACUGCACAAGAUGUGAACUGUGGAGUAGCACGACCUGAACCUCAGCAGGAUGAUUCCAUACAGAUCAUUGACAGCAUCAUUGAGGAGAGUCAAAAGGGAAGUGAUGUUGGUGAAGUGGUUCAGCUUUUAGAUCAGCUACAAGUUGAUGUAAGAGCAGAACCAGAGACACAGGAAGAGAAUAGUGCUCAGGAAGUUCCUGUGGAUUCUGCCUUGCCAGCUGUGGAACACCAGCUUGAUAAGAGCCAAGAGGAACAACAGGAAAGCGCUGCAACAAGUGCAGCAUGCUGUAUACCUGCCUCUGACCAUCCAGACCUUCCAGGGGCAUCAGCCAGGGCACAAGAAUAUGUUCAGCCUCCAGACAUCACCAGCACUAUAGGUCAGAGUCUGGCUGGUGGUGCUGUUGUGGUCAAAGAAGGGGAGAAGGAGCAGAGACCCGCAGACAUCUUAGACCAAGUCUCAUUCACAGACAAGCCAGUUGACUCCACAGGGCCAACAAAACCCCCACGUCAGUUCACAGUAGAACCAGACAUUGUAGCCAGCACCAAAAAGCCUCCUCCCUCCCGCCCACCUCCUCCCACUGCUGGGCCUCCUCCAAGACCGCCUCCGCCAUCUUGGCAGAGUCUACCUUCUAAGAAGUCUCAAGAGAGUCUGAGGCCAAGCAGUCUGGAAGUCAGUUCAGUCAGCAGCGAAACUCUGGAACCCUCUGGCUUGGUGUCUCCUAACAGCACAGUGAGGAGUCUAACCAAAGAGCUACAACAUUCCUUGGAUCUGGCCAGUGCCACAAGUGGAGACAAAGUGGUCACCGCACAGGAAAAUGAGGAUGAACAGGUUUCGUCUCAAACUAGAGGACAAACUCCAGGCCCUCAGCGUCCCCGUUCCAACUCUGGUAGAGAACUGACAGAUGAAGAAAUCCUGGCUAGUGUAAUGAUCAAGAAUCUCGACACUGGGGAAGAGAUUCCUCUAAUUCAGGCAGAAGAGAAACUUCCUGCUGGGAUUAAUCCCCUAACUCUGCACAUCAUGAGGAGGACAAAGGAAUACAUUACAAACGAUGCAGCACAGUCGGAUGAUGAUGAAAAGACUCAGGCUCCACUCGUGGACACAGAUGGGGGAAAACUGAAACAGAAAACAACCCAGUUUAAAAAGUUCCUGGGCAAAUCUGUGAAAAAGGCGAAACAUCUUGCUGAGGAGUAUGGAGAGAAGGCAGUGAACAAAGUUAAAAGUGUGCGUGAUGAAGUGUUCCAUACGGAUCAGGACGAUCCAUCAUCUAGUGACGAUGAGGGCAUGCCCUACACCCGACCUGCCAAGUUCAAGGCCGCACACAGCUUCAAGGGUCCUUUUGACUUUGAUCAGAUUAAGGUGGUCCAGGACCUAAGCGGGGAGCACAUGGGGGCUGUUUGGACGAUGAAGUUCUCUCACUGUGGGAGGCUGCUGGCAACAGCAGGCCAAGAUAAUGUAGUUCGUAUCUGGGUGUUAAAGACUGCCUUUGAUUACUUUAACAACAUGAGAAUAAAAUACAACACUGAAGGUCGAGUUUCACCGUCUCCUUCUCAGGAAAGUUUAUGCUCCUCUAAAUCCGACACAGAUCCUGGGCCAAGUUGUGUUCCAGAAGACCCAGACACUGAAGACAGGACUGCCCCUUUUCGUCAAGUCCCCUUCUGCAAAUACAAGGGUCAUACAGCCGAUCUGUUGGACUUAUCAUGGUCUAAGAACUUUUUCCUCCUCUCCUCUUCCAUGGAUAAAACAGUCAGGUUAUGGCACAUAUCCAGGAGAGAGUGUCUCUGCUGCUUCCAACAUAUUGAUUUUGUCACAGCCAUUGCUUUCCACCCCAGAGAUGACCGAUACUUUUUAAGCGGCUCCCUGGAUGGGAAACUGAGGCUCUGGAACAUUCCAGACAAAAAAGUGGCGCUGUGGAAUGAGGUUGAUGGCCAAACAAGACUCAUCACUGCUGCCAACUUCUGCCAGAAUGGGAAGUAUGCUGUUAUCGGUACCUAUGAUGGUAGAUGCAUCUUCUAUGACACAGAGCGUUUGAAGUACCAUACUCAGAUUCAUGUGAGGUCCACUAGAGGCAGGAACAAAGUUGGGCGCAAGAUCACUGGCAUAGAACCUUUACCAGGGGAGAAUAAGAUUUUGGUGACUUCAAAUGAUUCCCGCAUUCGUCUUUAUGACCUGAGGGACUUGUCACUGUCCAUGAAAUAUAAGGGUUAUGUCAACAGCAGCAGCCAGAUCAAGGCGAGCUUCAGCCACGACUAUUCCUUCAUAGUCAGUGGAUCAGAGGACAAGUACAUCUACAUCUGGAGCACUUACCAUGACCUGAGCAAGUUCACAUCCGUACGACGAGACCGCAAUGACUUCUGGGAAGGAAUUAAAGCACACAAUGCUGUGGUCACCUCAGCCAUAUUUGCACCCCACCCAGGCCUUAUUGUUCCACAGGAAACGGGGGCAGAGAAACCAGAAGCAGAGUGUAAGAGCCUGGACUCUACAGACUCUGAAACAAUACCCUCAGGAGCCCUGAAGACGGAUCACACAGAAGUUCUUCUCUCUGCAGACUUCACUGGAGCCAUAAAGGUUUUUAUCAAUUUAAAAAAGUACUGAGCACCUCAAAUGUUGCUAGCACUUCAAGUUCAGGCCUGUGGAAACUGGCCCUAAAGUUGGACGACGAUCACCCAACUACCUACUGGUCAUUGCUCUGAGACACUGAGCUGUGUAGCUUUUUCAGGAUUCCUAACAUGGAACAGGACAAAUGGACUCUAAGCAGACAUGCUGUGAUUCUCUGUCGUAUUUGUAUUUUUUAAAAAUACCAGGCGACUGUGACUCAGUUGGCAUAAAAAAGACAAGGGAAUUCCAAGCACUUCUGGUUUGAACAGAAACUAAAUCGGUUCAGGCAUGUAGGUUUAGAGUUACAGCUGUAUAGCUAGAAGGCUACUUGCAACCAUAUGGGCACCUUAAUGGAUUGUUUUGCUCCCACAUUUCAUAAAAAUGAGCACCUAAGAACAAGAAACUGUCCAACCUUUUGAUGUUUUGUGUAAAGUAACCUGUCUUGAAAAAUGUUUGGUUUGAAAUGUAAAGAUUAUUUGUGCUUACACAAGCUAGAUUGCUUUUUCAAAUUUGACAUCUCAAGCUUUUCUGUAAAGUGUGUCAAACGUUUCAGUGGGUGACUGAAAGUCUGUUUAAGGUUACUAAUGGUUGGGGUUGGGUAUUGUAAUUUUUUUCUGUAACAAUACUGACAAGUUCUUUUCAUACAUUUCUUGGAUCAAUGAAAGCACAUUUCAGUAUAUAAAAUGAUACUGUAAAUCUA